AUGGAUUUUUGGGUGCUCAAGGCCCUUUCCUGCAGCUACCUCAGUGGAGAACUUUUACUUUCAGCCAUCUUUCUUCCUUCUUUUCUCCCAUCUUUUAUAGCUAGAUCUAAUGAAGGGAAAGAAAUGAGUAUGUACAUUGGUUUGAAGGGUGUUUUGCUCAAGUAUCCCUCGGUUUUUCUGAUGGCUUGCGUUGGGUUUGUGUUUGGCCAUGUGCUGGAAAUUCCAGCAGCCUGCAGAUGUGAGUGGCUUUUGGCUUUUGUCAUGGUUUUGUCUCUAGCCAUGUGCUAG